GUUUAAAGUAUAAUAUUUUAAACUAAAAAAAAAAACUAUUAUUAUAACCCGAAACUGGCAUUUAUUUCUAACGUUAGAUUAACCCAUUUUAUUUUGGCUCUGUCGGCGUUGACGCGUAAACAACAGCGCUGCGUUAGGAAUACACCAGACGCAGAAAUGUUGGGUUUUUUUGGAAUCCGUAAAGAAUCCUCGAAGAAGCCAGUGUCUGAGAAGGAGUCCGAUGGGUUUGUAAUUGUAGGGGAGACUGUGGAAGAACAGAAGCAGAAAACCCAAAGCAAGAAUACUGUUCCAGAAGGAGUAAAAGUUUUUGUAGAGCCUUCAUGGAAAUCCUCCACAGCUCCAGCCCCGCCUGUCGACAGUGCUCAGCUCGCACCGGUGACGAAUCAAAGUGUGGAGAGUCCCCCGAUGAUGCCAGAGCUCCUGGGAGACGUGCCUUUCACCUUGGCUCCCCAUCUUCUUGCCCUGCAGACGGGCUUCGCUGAUCUUCCAGAUGCGCUCUUGUCUCGGGACUUCAAUGAUAAUUUGGCCAGCUUCCGAUACGACUUCACUCUGGAAAACUCUGUGCUGUGCGACUCCUAAUAAUUCAGCAGAACGCAGUUACUUGUCAUCUUGUCACUUUUAAAUGUUUUUGUUGCAAGUGGCUUAAUAUUUUUAAUUUCUGUGAUUAACUGGAAGUUGUAUUGACUCGUUUGCAACAAUUACAAGCUCUUAGAAUGUUUCUUUGAACAUAAAAAGUAUCAAAUUUUAGCUGGUGCAGAGAAAAUCCGCGUCUACCACCAGCCACUGGUGAAAUUGUUUACACAGUGUCACAGCUACAUGUUAAGAGAAGUGUUGCUUUCUUUCAAAAACUGUUCUAAAUUUGUUUCUAAAGGAGAAUAUUGUUUCACUCCUUCUGCUCAUCUGAUUAGACUGAAUGGCAUCCUCUUGUUUUUAGCCUGUUUACAGACAGUUUAUAUAGAACAUGGUCCUUUCUAUUUAAUUGAACUGUGUUUGAUAACAAAUACUGUACCUUGCAAAGAACAUCUGCAGGAGGGGCAACAUUUGACUUGAUCACACCGAGUUCUCCCUUCAGUUUUCUUUACAUUAACGAAAACAUCAUGAAAAGGGUUCUAGAGAGCAUCAGGUUCUCAUUCUUGUAAAACUAUAAGUAAAGUAAAAAAAAAACAUAAAAAUCUGCCAGCAGUAAGCAAUAAGACAGUGAGGCACUGUCUAAAAACCUUUCACCUUGAUAAAUUUAUCACAGCCCUCAAGCGUUUUGAGAUUUGCAUUCCGUCUACUCUCUAAAUACAGGGCUUAUCCAUGACCAAAUGCAACUUUUGGGAUAUUAAAGGAAUUAUUUAUCUUUAAUUACCUAUGAAAUACUGUAGUGUUUCCUGAGGACUAUAACUGUAACUGCUUGCAUAGACCUUUUUCUGAUUUAUAGACACUUGAAGGCUGCGAGGACUGGCCAGCUCCUAACAUGCUUUAGAAUACACAAAAUAGCUGCUGCUAGCUAAUACAAAAAUGAGGAGUUAAUUAAAACUUAAUUUUUAAAAGGUUUGCGAUGGAUGGAUGCACUUUGAACGCACCUUUCUCUGAUUUAAUGGUCUCAUCUGUUUCCAAAAGGGUUUGGUGAAUUGACCCCUAAUUGUAGCUUGAGUGAGAAAGGGAAAUUGCAGGAUGAUUUAAGGAGCCUGACUGGGCUGAGCUCUGUUAUCCUUACACAGCCUUGAGCAGGAUCAUUUUAGGAGCUGUAUAGGGUAAAAAGAAGUCAAAGAUGAUGAUGAUCGUGAUGAUGGAAUGACACCUGUUGAUUAAUAUUUCUUCAUCUUUUGUGAUUUGCAGCACAGGGGGGUGUUUCUCAUGUAUCCUAAAUUGGAGAAUGUACAAUUAAGGGAAGAAAUAAAUGAAGGAUUCUGCUUAAAAUGAUCAUCAUUAAAACAUGAAAAGUAGGUACUGUAUAUCAAGGACACAGGCACAUACAAACCUAUCUACAAAUCAAAUGUUUUAACAAAGGCUGCAAAUUGUUCACAUUCAGAGCUUCACAAGUUUUUAAUAUGUAUUAUCUAUCAUGAAAAAUAUGCAGUAUGAUUUGCACAAUGAGGAUGUAUAAUACAUUUUCUCCUUUUUUUUUGUAGAGUCCAAGCCUUGCAUGAUUUAUAGCUAUACACUACAUCUGUGGUCUAUAUUCUGAGUGCAAACAUACAGCAUGUUAAGUGGAAAUAUCUAUAUACAUGUUACAAUGUCAAUGUGUGUUUCUUUUUGCAGUAUUGUAGGUGCAAAAAUACUUAACGUGGAAUUGUAACUGUACCACAUGUCUGUGUUAAUUUGAAGUAGACUUUGACACCAGGGAUAAUGGCACAGAAAACUCUCAAAAGCUUUUUUGGGAUGGCUCUCUCAGGAAUCAUUUACACAUUCAAGACAACGAAAAGAAAUUAAGACUAUGUCUUAGCAUGAGUUACAACUUUUUUUGAAAAACAUUCAGUAGUGCCACCUUUCUUACCAUGAUCUAGUUUUGAAUUAAUAUUAUACAUUACUAAUAUUGGCUUAUUAUAUAAACUGAUAUUUCCUAUCAGUUUAUAUAAUAAGCAUUUCUGAGGACAGAAAUACAGUAUUAAUGUUUUGGGAAACAUGGUUGUUUUUAUUUUUAAAAACAUUAUGCUGCCCUUGUCUUGUGUAUAGACAACCUAAACUGUGUGAAUCGUGUUCACAUAGUCCUGUGCCUUGUUUGAUUAAUGAUAAUAUUAAACAUGAUGUAUGAAAUUUCUAUAAAUCUAAAACCGUUACAUGUUGCUGUUACAAAAGUUAGAGUUUGUAGACAGACUGGCCUCUGUGGUUUUUUUGCUGCUCAAAUUAUUUUCCAUUUCUGCUUUCCAAGAACUUGUUUUUCUUGCUACUUGAGAUUUCAUAUUGUAUCCUUGUUGGAAAGAAUCACAGAUUUACUAAAUGAUAAAGCAAACAAGAUCCUUACCACCUUUUGCAUGUGCUGCACAAAUUGUUGUAGAAAUGAUUAAUAUUUUUAUGUGUCAAUAAAGAACUGUUGAAAAACUC